CCGCGUUUAUGGGACGCGAGCCUAACCGUCGGCCGGUAACGUUGUCGCGCGACGGCCGACGGUCGCUAUGUGCGACGUUGUACGCACCGCGUUUACUCAUUAUCGCAUCACAAUUAUUGUCGUCGUCGUCGUCGUCGUCGUGACCAGAGAUUUUUUUUUUUUUUUUGAACACCGCAGAGGAGACGAUGCGGCCGGAGCGCGUGUACACACACAUCUGGUAGGCGUUUUCACUUUAGGCAGUAUUGAUUGUGCCGCAGUGUGCGAGCGCGUUCGUGCCAACGUCGGGAAAAACGGGUCAGGGCGCGGACUCGUCCGCGGAGCGCUCGGGUCCCGUACGGCCCUCCGACGCGCGAUCCCGCGGCGACCGAUCGCGGACGACGACGACAACGCCGACUGACGACGACGACGACGACGACGAGUGACGACUCUGGCGCGAGUAGGUACGCGGCACCCUCGCGCGGCGUGACGAUACCGAGUCCGAAGUUUUGCGGUCGCCGUCGUCAGCGCACGUGCGUCUACCUCCCCGUCGUGUCGAGUUCGCGGUGACCGGAGAUUUCGAAAAAAAAAAAAAACCCCCCCCCGACCGUCGUCACCGCGCCCGCUAACGGACGAUGCGCUUCCGAUAGCGGUAGAUCUGCAUUUCCGUUUGUUCCCAAAAGCCCGAUAGGCCGCCGGCACGCCGUAUUCACUCGUGGUAUAUCCCGACCGCCACCAAUAACCGUGGUAUGCGUCAAAGUAUAUUAUACCGUCGCACCACAAUAAUAAUGACUGCGACGGCCGCGGCGGUGGCGAUGCUGGUCGCGGCGGCGGUGGUGGCCGUGGCCGGUGGCGGCGGUGGCGCGUACGCGAAGCUCGUGUCCACCAGACCGGCGACCUGUGCGCUUUCCGAAUUCGCGUGCACCUCCUCAUCGUCGACCUCCGUGGCCGCCGACGAAGACGACGAAGACGCCGCCGCCGCCGCCGUGCGGUGUGUGCCGUCCGUCAAGUACUGCGACGGCCGGCGUGACUGUCCGGACGGGUCCGACGAACCGCACUACUGCACGCCGUGCAAUCGAACUUAUUAUGGAGAUGUUGGAAAAACGUACGAAUUCGAAUUACAUCGCCCAAAACCCGACAAAUUACCAUUCAUCUGCUUUAUAAAGCUCGUUGCGCCAGGUCAUCGUUUGGGAGAUUUAAUACAAGUGACUUUGGACAGUUUCACAAUCGGACGGUUCGCUUCGUACACGAACGCCGGCUGUCCAGACGGCGACCUGCACAUCACCGAAUCGGACAGGCCGGCCGUUUCGGGAGGCUGGUGCGGCACGUCUUGGGCGCCGGCCCACUACUACAGCGAGACGAAUUCCAUCACGCUGCUGGUCCGGUUGUUCACGCUGUCCAGUCUGGACAACACAGGUUACAACUUCGACUUCCGACUGGGCUACAAAAUGCUGAACCGGAACCGCGCGGUCGUCCGGUACGGAGAGCAAAAAAUGUUUGCAAGAGUAAACGAAUCGUUUCACAUGGGCGAGCUGAUGGAGAGCACGUACUGCUCGCGGAUAUUUAGCAACUGCGACAAGAAGAGGUGCGUGCUGCAGUCGCCUAAUUACCCUGGACUUUAUCCCCGAAACUUGACUUGCUACUACGCGAUCCGGCAACACGCGAUACCAUACGGCCACCAGGCGCUAAUAUCCAUCACACAGCCGUACAGCCGUCUGGUGUCGAUCAAGACGGACCGGACGAACCCCGAAGGAGCCGAUCCAAAGCCCGUCGAACGGAAGGACUGGAGCAAGUGUGACAAUGUACCAGAUUUUGUGACUGUUUAUGAUGGGUACACAACUAGAGAUCCAAUUUUGUUGAGGUUUUGUGGAUCCGGUGAAACUGUGCCUGUUACUACGUCUAGUGGACCUGAGCUGUUAGUUCAGUUUUCUACUUCACCAUAUGGCACUCUGAUGUAUCCGUUUGGUCCACUUCACGGAUUUCAACUUCAAGUACAAGUGCACUUUGUGGAAAUCGAAUCGAUCAAAUACACUAAGAAUAAGCGGUGUGAAUUUUGGAUACGGAACACGGGCCGUGGUUGGUUGCACGCGCCUUACCACUCUUUGCCGGAGAACACAACGUGCUGGUAUCAUCUCCAAGCCACUCCAACCGAUGUCGCGGUUGCCGGAUAUCCGGUGGAUCGUGAUUCCGGCUCCGGUCCCAGGUACAAGGUAUGGGUAUCCGUACUCAAGUUUUACGUGACUGGUCCUCAGACAAGGGACUGCACGACUAACCUGAUGGUUUGGGACGGAAACUUUUCUUGCCAUCCAUUCUGUGAUUCGAGAAACGCUUCGUCGUCCGCGUACCAGCACAACAACAGUACGCUGUUGGCCAACUACUGUCCCGGCCAGACGCCAAGGUCUUGCGAUCAUUUCCUGUUGACCCGACAACAGCGUCCGUGCACGCUAUCCGAAAGUUUUCUGUCCACGUCCCGGUCGCUUACAGUCCAGCUGAACAUACAGCACGCAACGGCUCUCAGACCGGUAUCGUUUAAAGCUCUUUACGAAUUCGUCGACCUGCACCAGGACGGAAGCUCGUGGCCUGAAACCGGAAGCAUGUGCUCUAGGAUUUUUCGAAGGCCCACACACUCGCCUUCUAGUACGAUACCUAUCCGUUCGCCGAAAAAUGUAUUUUUUUACGGAAGAGGAGGCAAUAAAAAUUUAAGUUGCGUGUUCAGACUGGAAGGACAGCCCGGCGACGUAGCUAAAGUGACAAUACUGUCGAUCGGCUCCGGUGACCGGAGUUGCUAUAGCCGUAUGAACAAGGAUCGAGGUACUUUACAGUGCGUGGGCGACAUCGGAUCGUCUCUGAGAGUUCUGGACGAGGUAAACGGUCCAAAGACCAUGCUGGUGCCCAGACACUGUUUGUGUUCGACCAACGCGUCCCUGUUGCCGUACUCGUUCGUCACAUUGGGCUCGAAGGCAUCGAUGGUGUGGGACGUGUUCAACAUGAACUCCACCGAAGACUUCCGGCUUCACUACUUCGAGGCCACCGUUCAGUUCGAGAGAGAGGUGGUGCCGAGACGCUGCGGUAAGAGCAACCUGCUCACUGGACCUGGCGGCCAUUUCACGUUCCAUUCGCAUCACAACACCACGUGCGAAUCUCACUUUGUCAUACUCACGCAGCAGAAGUACACCAACAGUUAUCUGUACGCUAAAUUGCCCGGACUAGCGAUGCCGGAUUCGUCGCACGCGGUACCCAACAACACACAACACGUACACUGUCCGACCAACAAUCGGUUCAUAGUGCACGCCGGCGACACGGUUCACACAGUCGUUUGUCCGGACCCGUACUACACAGUUGAGGUGUUUUCAGAUGGAUGGCACACCAGAGACGUCAUGUCGAAUUCUUCAAGAGACAUUGUCAUCGAGUUCAUUCCAAUCGAUCCGGGCUCGUACACAGUUUCUUGGAUACAACUUUCGUCCAGGAUCCGAGCCGACGGACCGUACUGCCAAAGCCAGUGCCCGGAACUGAACGCUUGCAUCAACGAGUCGCUAUGGUGUGACGGCGUGGAACACUGUCCGUCUGGUUACGACGAAUCUUUCGGGUACUGCAUGCACCUGCUGUACACGCACCUUGUGUACAGCAUCGCGCUAGCCGUGGCCAUCGUCAUCGUGGCCGUGUCGUCAGGACUCACGGUCCUGUGGUUCCGGCGGUUCCGCACGUCGUCGUCGUCGGCCGCGGCUGGCUGCCGGAGCGCGUCCGCCAAGUCCGCCGAGACGGAAGCGGUCGUUUCCGGCCGCGACGUGGUUUACUGACAUAAGGUCAACGACGUAGUGCACUACGUCGAAUACGAUCGCGUCACCACCGUCUGAUCGGCUGCAAGCUAGGCAGCGGGCAAGCGACUAUCGAACGAUAAAUCGUUUUCGUCAUCAUCAUCAUCAUAAUCAUUGUCAUCACAUCACACGUGCCUCUUAUUAUACAUUUAUAAUACAACACUAUAAAUUAUAAUAAUAAUAUACCGUAUACAAUUUGCCUUAUCGCAAUGCCUGGUCUACACGUACUUUGGCAAGGAUACUGCAAUCUAUAAAAGUUUUGUCGUGUACCGACUUGUUAUUGAAGAAUCUGUUAGGUAAGUUAUAUAAUAUAGGCAAUAGGCAUAUAUAUAACGUCUCACGCCCGGACGGAAGUUCGAUGGGAUGGAAUUUUAUUUGGUAUGACCCAAUCCCCGCCUAACCCCUCUCGCGCCCGACUAGCUUGGCAUUUUUUGUGUAAACCACUCUAUAGCUUGUGCCAAGCCUGCAGGAUAAUAGUAAGCCAGGAUAAUCACCUGCAGAAGUACUAUCAUGUAUUCAUGCGGUAUCCUAGCUCGGAAUGCUGGCUUCGUGUAGACCGGACAUUAAGGAGAGACAUUUAUUAUUAUUAUUUUUUAUACAUUUAUAGGGAACCAAAAAAAAUCUGAUCUGAAAACGCCCUUUGCGGGUUUGGCCCGUUUGUAGCACCCUUGUAAAUCGUGAAGCGUGCUGUGCAAUAGUGGUACAGCGUUUUCGCUACGGUACGAAAUUUGGUGAUUUAACACGACCACCGAAUAUCGCAAUUCGAGACUAACACACGUCGUCGAAGUAUCGAAUAGUUUUAGAAAAAAAAAACAUUAUGUCACGUGUCGUGAGGAAAUUACUUGGUUUAAAGGCGUGCGACUGAUGUUGUACGUAUAUACUUCGUUAUUAUUAUAUUCUCUCUCUCUUUCUGUAUUUCUAGUCCAAAUCACAUGGUUCGCAGAAUUCGGGCAACGGAGUGCCAACGCCUUCUCAUAUACCCGUCCCACGCCACCCAAAGCCAAUAUCAGCCCUGACCAGCGGCGCGUGAAAUCGACGUUAUUGCUCAGUCCAAACAUAUAUUAUCUGACCCGACCUAGUUAAUUCUUUUUACGCUAUAGACACCGCCGCCACCACCGCUGUUCAACGGUCGCCAAAUUUCGAUCGUAAUUUUCGGACUCGUAAAAACAAAAUAUUCGAACCGUAAAAUAUCGUUAUUACUAUACGUAUACGCUGCGCGCUCUCUUUAGACGGUAGCCGGAGGACAAGUGGGAUUGAGGUAAGGAUGUACAUCUCUAUAUAAUAGCGGCAAGUUUUUUUUGCACUUUUACGCGAAAAUCUAAUAUUAUCUCACAAAAACGAACCCUCGAAUGUACGAAAGUAAUAUAACGCGAUACGUACAUUACAUACCGGUUACAUAAUAAUAAUAAUACCACCUUUGUCGGUACAACUUCCCCUCGUUGUACUACCUUCACGGUGUAGACCAGAACGAAACUUUCUACUUGUGUACAUUAUAACACGCGUAGUGAUUUUUUCAUCACUAAACUGUCAUUUUUUCGAUGAGAAUAUUACUUUUUUUUACUUUUUGUUAUCGUUGUAUAAUCUUUAAAAUUGUUAUAAUAUUUUAAAUGAAAAUAUACAUUUUAAAUAUCGUAUUAUUCUUAACCGGGAAACAAUUUUCCGAUGAUUUCGAUCUAUGAAAAUCGUACAUUUUCGAACCAAUAUGGUAGCUAAUUGAGUAUUGAAUGACUAUAGAUGUAUGGAAUAGAAUGGUAUAUGGUCGGAUACCCAGCAAGCUUUCGGUGCACCACUCAUCUUAUCUGAACCUUAAUCAGGUAGAAAUUUACAAGAAUUUUAAGUCUUGUACACGGUUCGAAGUUCGAUUUGAAAGUACUACUAAAAUUCCACUCCAGAGUAUGAAAUAAAAAUAAAAAUGAUGAUUUAAGAAAUUCAUAUUAUAAAAUAACAUUUUUAAAAACACGCACGUCAACUAAACAAAUGACAGUUUUGUGAUUAAAAAAUAAUAAUCGCCUUAUAUAUAUAUAUAAGUAUUAACUAUACAUGAAAUGUACAGGCUUUUACGUGUUUUCAAUUAAAUAUAGGUACCUAUGUAUGUAUAUUUCCUAUAGCACUUAUACAACGUACAUAUUAUUAUUUCGUGUUUCAUUUGGACCGAACCGCAAAGAGCUCAUAAUUGGAAACCUUUGAAAAGCGCGAGUAUAUUGUAAGAGCAUUUAUAUUAUUACCAGCUAUAGAGCUUAUCGCGAAGAUUUACUAAUUUAUAAAAUGGCGGUGUAAUUGAAUCUACACAUUAGAUCUCCCGACUCCCACUCUCACAUUUUAAACUAAUUAGGAAAUUUGUACAUGGCUAUUACUUGCUGUAAGUAGUAGGUACAUAUUAUAUUAUAAGUAUAGUCUACACAUGGUACGCGUGUAAUUUUCAAAUACUUAGAUUUCGAUUAUAUUUAAUGAUCAAAAGGUAUAUCCCUAUGACCUUAUUCCCUUAUAAAUUUUUUUUCAAAUAAAACCAUAAUUUUUUAAUGUACUGCAUUGACAAUGCAUCUAAAUAAAAAUUCAAAUCAGUAGUUUCUGAGUUAUUGAACUUUUUGUACUACCUAGGAAAUAAGGAUAAUGAUUUUACAUAAAAUAAAUAUAAUAUUUUAUUUAAUAGUUAGUAUUUAUUAUAUAUUCAGAUGAUUAGAGAAUUUUUUUCAAUUACAUAAUUGCAAUUCAUAAUUUCUAAACUUAUCAUCAAUUACUCAGGAACUACAUGUAAAUUAUUAAAACUUUGAAUCAUAUAGGUACAACAUUUCAAAAUUUACAAUAAAUAUUAAACAAAAAGGAUCGUCCUGAAAUUAAAAAAAUAAAUACCCCAACAUAACAAUGCUAUUACAUACAAUAUACCAAACAUUUUUAAUAUAGUCAUUAGGAAUAGGUACCUACUUAAAAAUUAUAAAAAUAAAAAUAAAAA